GGUCGCGCGGGUGCAGGGUCGGCGCAGGCUCGCGCAGGGCGGCGCGGGUCCGGGCAUGAAGCUGGGCCGGGCCGUGCUGGCCCUGCUGCUCCUGGCGCCGUGGGUGGUGCGGGCGGUGGAGCCCAUCAGCCUGGGGCUGGCCCUGGCCGGCGUGCUCACCGGCUACAUCUCCUACCCGCGCCUCUACUGCCUCUUCGCCGAGUGCUGCGGCCAGAAGCGGAGCCUGAGCCGGGAGGCACUGCAGAAGGAUCUGGAUAAGAAACUCUUUGGACAGCAUCUUGCAAAGAAAGUGAUUUUAAACGCUGUGUCUGGUUUUCUGAGCAACCCGAGGCCCAAGAAACCUCUCACGCUCUCCUUGCACGGGUGGACCGGCACGGGGAAAAAUUUUGUCAGCAAGAUCAUCGCCGAGAAUAUUUACGAGGGCGGUCUGAACAGUGACUAUGUCCACCUGUUUGUGGCCACGCUGCAUUUCCCCCACGCCUCGAACAUCACCCUGUAUAAGGACCAGUUACAGCUGUGGAUCCGAGGCAACGUGAGUGCCUGUGCGAGGUCCAUCUUCAUCUUUGAUGAGAUGGACAAGAUGCACGCUGGCCUCAUAGAUGCCAUCAAGCCUUUCCUGGACUAUUACGAUGUGGUGGAUGAGGUCUCCUACCAGAAGGCCAUCUUCAUAUUCCUCAGCAAUGCUGGAGCAGAGAGGAUCACAGAUGUGGCUUUGGAUUUCUGGAGAAGAGGGAAGCAGAGGGAGGAAAUCAAGCUCAAGGACAUGGAGCACGCCUUGUCUGUGUCUGUCUUCAACAACAGGAACAGUGGUUUCUGGCACAGCAGUCUGAUUGACCGAAACCUCAUUGAUUAUUUUGUCCCCUUCCUGCCCCUGGAAUACAAACACCUGAAGAUGUGCAUCAGGGUCGAGAUGCAGGCCCGUGGCUAUGAGGUUGACGAGGACAUUAUCAGCAGAGUGGCUGAAGAGAUGACCUUUUUCCCCAAGGAGGAGCGCGUUUUCUCUGACAAGGGCUGCAAGACGGUGCACACCAAGCUGGACUAUUACCUCGAUGACUGACAGCCCACGCCAGGCUUUGAGAGGAACUCAACACUCAGUCUGCCCCUGCUCCUUUCCAGGGAAGAGGAAUCAAAUGGAUAUUUCCAGGAGUGCAGCAGGAAUUCUGGGCCUGUUCCCUCCCUGGAAGGCCACAGUGCCCUACCUUAAGAACCCAGAUAUGGACAGGAGGUGUCUGGAGCCUUCAGAGGAGAAAACUGCAGCUCCCAGCCCACCCACUCCGGGGCUCGUGAUUUUUUAAAAAUUAUGUUUUAAUUUCACUUAUUUCUGUUUCAAGGAACGAUAAAUAAGUUUUACUGAAAAUGUGAUAACUUUAUUUAAGAUGGUUUUAACAUUAUGAGAAACUUUUUUCAGAUUCUAAGUUUUUGGCUUUGUGUGAUUUUUUUCAAAUCCUCAUCAUUACAAACCGUCAUGUCUACCGCAUUAAGGCUGAGCAUGGUCCUUGGCAUCUGUUCUGUGGGAUGGCAGUACAGGGGACACCAGUGCUAUCCCGGGAUGACCAGAACCAGCCCCGCCAGGGCCAGGAAGUGUGCAGACAGGAGGAGGAGUACGGCAGAGGACCCAGGCCGGCCCGCGGUAAGCCCGACGUCCUCCUGGGGCUUUCAGCUGGGAGCAGUGGGGACAGUGGGCGCUAUGGGGACGAGCUUGGUCAUACUGUGUGCACUCGUCAGAACUUGAAUCUUUUGAAAGAAACAUCCAGAGCCUGGCACACCCACCCGCCAUCCCAGGUUGAAGAGGGAGGAUCAGAAGUCUGAGGCCAGCCUCAGCAGGAGAGUGAGGCCAGAGGAAACUUAGUGAGGACAGUAGUGAGACCCGCCACGGGAGGAGAGCUGGGAUGCAGCUCAGUGUGGCAAAGUGCCCAUGACAAUCGUGCUGGUGUGAUCCCUAGUACCACCCCACCCCAAAAAAGGGAAGAAAAGGACCCUCCAGCUCCCCACUUGCCAGCCCCGCUACGUCUCCAAACGAGCCGCGCUUCCUCUGCUGGUUCUUCAGUUGUGAUGGAUUUUGCCAUAUUCUUUCUAAGAACUUCCCUCAUGGUCACUAGUUUUGUUAUGUUGAAUGAGAACUCCCCACAUCUAGGAGAGCUUAGCUGCCCCUCUGAGAAGGCCAAGAAUAGUGUUAUCUAUAAAUGCUACCAUUUUACAACAGAAUUUUGAACUUUUGGUUUCUUUUUCUCUGGGUGGUGCUGGGGACGGAGUGCAGUGCCUCACAUGUCCAAGGCGAGGGUUCUCUGACUGAGCCAUGUCCCAGCCUCGCAUAGUUUUCGGAUACAUGCGAGUGUACUGGAGCUCACACGUGCUCACCGCUGAGCCACACCUGCAGCCUUCUGAGUAUGGUUUAUAAAGGAAAACCCUUCACCAGAGGCCUGUGCGUGUAGGCUGAGUAAAGAUGUAGGUAGCAAGGCAGUUCUGGUGGGAAGGAAGUGCAGUCUGACCUUCACCAAGCUGCCAGGGCAGUGCACUUCAAGGGCAGGACUCACGGAGCUCCUGGCACCCAGCCGUGAUGCUCCGGUCCAGCUGAGGUGUCAGGCAGGAGCGCAGGGCUCCAGGAGACAUAUUGUGCAGCGCAGCUCGCAUGCCUACAGAGGGGCAGUGCUCCCCAGGAAGGGUCCAGCAGGCUUAGAAGAUGGCUGGAGGGGCCAAGGUGCUCAACAGCAGAGCUGUGCUCAUGUUCAAGCCCUGUGUUCAGUUCCUGGCAUAAAGACGAUGCUGGCCUGGCUGCUGGGCUGCUGUGGGAGCCCCUGUCUUACGGCUACCUUUGCCUGUUUCUAGGGUGGCCCAGUCUCCCUAGCAUGGUUCAAGUGUCCUUAGCAGUCACAGAUGAGCUCUGAUCAUCUCUCUGAAGAUGGCAGCCCUGGCACCUGUAAGGCUGUAAAUAGGAAAAAGAAGUCCUCUGACAUCAUUUUGCAAAGUUCAGUCUCAGUAGAUGAAGCAGUUUAGGGUGGAACAGAGACUGCCUUAGGCCAGACCAAGGAAAUAAGUCUCCUGCCAGUUGAGCACCUUCAACUG